UUUGGUUUCAACAGGCAACGGCGAUACAUCGUUUGAAGUGAUGGCAUUACGUUCACCCAAUCAACCAUUUGUUGUACUUCGAUCAAAUAAAAAGCUAGGCAACGACGACAUGUACCUGAGCAGUGAUGGAGCCGGAAAAAUGAAACUGAAAGUUCCGAAUCAACCACUCACACGCCAUGCACCAGAAGUCGACCCUGCCUUGUUAUUUCGAGUGGUCAAGCCGUAAACAGAAUUCUGAAAUUGGCAAUAUAUACUCGGGCAGUCAAAAAAACUCAAAAGUAACAGAUGAAAUUAUAGCAGGAAUCAGUAAAUUUAGAAUCAUUCCAACAUAUCAAUAAGAUGAAAUAUGCAUUUAAAAUUUUAGAUUGUUUAAUAUUUGGCAGGCCCUCCGCGAUUGGAUCGCGUGCAAAAAUUGUUGAGACAAGCAGUUUAUUGGCCCUCUCCCUCCUGUAACAAUGGUUCUUGCCCCCCCCCCCUCCCCCUUGUGCAAUGUUGUUAAAACGAUUUUGAGGUCAGGG